GUCUAACGGUGCUUCUGUAAAGGAGCUAUAACUACAAGAGUCAAUAACGUGACUAUAUUAUGUUGUAUUGCGUUGGAAACUGUGGAUUUAGCAGAUUCAGAGAUAGUUAGGCUGCUCUGGCUAACUUAGUUAGCAAGCUAUCAUACCGGUAUUAGCACUGAAUUAAACCAUGGCAGAUGGGAAGAAUGGAGAGACGACAGACGAAAAUGAGUUAAAGGGAGCUACAGGUGGUGAAGAUGUGGUAGACGAUGCGAUCAUUGAGCAGAGUGCUGUUCUACUUAGAGGGUACGUUAUUCAGCAAGCUACUAUAGAUGAUCCAAACAUUCACGUGAGUCACGAGACUCUCGGAGGAAGACCUCAGGAUGAAGAGGAUCCUCAAAUCAAAGAAGUUGUAGAUCAGCUUUUGAAGAUAGCUGACGACCUUAACAAGAAUGCUGAGCUUCAACAUCUCAUCAGCACCGUUCAGUCAAACUGCGCUCAGGACGUCUUCAUGACUGUGGCCAGAAGCAUUUUUGAUGAUGGCAUUAACUGGGGACGUGUGGUGGCUCUGUUUCACCUCGCUUAUAGGCUCAUUUUCCAGGCUCUGACUCAGAACCACUUGGAGAUUAUCAAGAACAUCAUUAGCUGGUUUUUACAGUUCAUGAAGAAACACAUUUCUGCCUGGAUCAGACAGCAAGGAGGAUGGGAGGGCAUUUUCCGCAGCAUGACGAGAUGGCGCACAGUGUCUACCAUCGCAGCAGUGGCGUUCAUUGUAGCUGUUGUUUACUGGAGAAGAACUCGCUAGGUUCAAACAUACCAGAUUCACGGUUCUCAUUAAUGUGGAAGCUCAUAUCAAAAGCAAUACAAUGUCUAGAUGGUGCAAGGAAGUGGAGUAAUGAUGCUCCAGGCAUCCAGUUCAUCAGGUAGUCUAUUCUUUGCUAUGGUUUAAGACUUAAACAGAAACAACCACUGCUAAAAAGACACUAUAGUCUUUCAUUGUGAUUUAAUUUUUUUUGACAUUCCCUGUCUGCUGUUGUUUCUGUUCCAGUUGAAUCAAGGAACGUCUUUCGCCUUGAUUUAUUUAUUAAGAAAGAUGUAUUCAAAGACUUUUAAGACACUCCACUGGUGCCUUUUUAAUCUUUUAAUAUUUUCUGGCUCAGGUAUUUUUUAAAAAUGUGCCACAAACCAUACCAGCCCUACCUCGAAUCAGCUAAAUAUAAAACCAACUGUUUACUGUAAGUUUUUUUAAAAAAAUUAUACAAUUAUUAAUUUACAGAGAGAGCUGGAAGAAGAGGUAAAACAAAUCACCGUUUUUAGAAUGCUAAACCUUAAGAAUGGUUAAAAAUACAGUCUAAAUAGACUGAACGAUUUAGAUUUCAAUGAAUGCUGAAGUGCUGUGAAUGUGGGAAUUCUUGCACACUUUGAAAAUAAAUGUGAUGAAUUAA